AUGAACGCCUCCUCCCUCCGCAUCUCCAAGCUCGAUGGAACUAACUUCCACGCCUGGAAGUUCAAGAUGCAGAUGGUGCUGGAGGAACGGGACCUAUGGGAGGUCGUCAGCGGUGAGAUCAAGGCGGAACAGUGCGAGACUCAGUUGGACCAAGCGACGUACAAGAGGAAGUCAAGAAAGGCGAUGGCAGUGAUCUGUCUAGCCAUGGAAGAUUCCCAGCUACCGUUGGUCCGGUCGGCAAGUGGUGCAUGCGACGCAUGGUCAAGGUUGGAAGACCACUUCGAGAAGAAGAGUCUUGCCAACAAGCUGUUCUUGCGCCGUCGCUUCUUCACGACAAUGAUGGAAGAAGGCGACGAUGUGCUCGAACACAUCAACAAGCUCAAGACGCUGGCGGAACAGCUAGAAGCGGUGGGGGGCUCCACUUUGGAGUCGCGCUCAGACACUCUUAGCUGGGAGCUCGUGACGUCUCGACUGCUUCAUGAAGAAAUGAAGCGGAAGGAGCAAGGAAGUAAAGGUGAUGAAGCUUCGCAAGGUCAAGCGUUCAUCACAAGGGACAAUCAGCGCAAAGGGCGACCAGUGAAGAAGUCCUGGCCGUGCCACAAUUGCGGAAAGAUUGGUCACUGGAUGGCGGAGUGCCCCUCGCGCAUCCAAGAAAACACGGAGAGACACCGGCCACAGCGUGCUCAAGACAGCGGCGACCGCUAUCGAUCACAACGUGCAAACGUCGCUCAAGAAGAAGACUCGGGCGACUACCUCUUUUCGAUCGGUGAAACGACAUCUGCGAAAUCGAGCGACAUCUGGCUGGUCGACUCCGGGGCGACGCAGCACAUGACGUGCUCCAAGAAGUUCAUGCGGAACUACAAGGGGUUUGACGCUGUGGAUGUCCAUCUCGCGGAUGAUGGAAUCGUCCAAGCAAUCGGCAGUGGGGACAUUGUCAUGUCGAUGAAGACACCCCAAGGGAUGAAGAAAGGUGUGCUCACAAACGUGUGGCACAUCCCAAAGUUAUCCAGAAACCUGUUCUCGGUCGGCCGCUUCACCAAGGAUGUCGGCCCAGUGACGUUCACGAAGGAUGGGUGCUAUGGAGAAGCGAAAGGGACCAAGUGGAAAAUUGGUGCCCGUGAAGUUAAAGGACUGUUCAAGCUGCAAAUGACUCCAGUGGCGCCGGAACAAUCAAAUGCAGCCAAGUCGUCGGGAUGUCAAGGGGGCACCAAGUCGUACCUCUGGCACCUUCGGCUUGGCCACAUAGGUCACGAUGGACUCAAUUGCAUCGUGACGAAGAACAUUGGAAUUGGCAUCGACAUAUCUUCGGUGAAGAAGUGGGACGUGUGUGAAGGUUGUGCUCUGGGAAAACAGACUCGAGUGCGCUUCCAAUCAAACACUACAGCUCGCACCUCCAAACUCCUCGAAGUGAUUCACAGCGACGUAUGCGGACCGAUGUCGAUGGCAACUUUCAGUGGAAAACGGUACUUCGUGACAUUCAUUGAUGACAAGUCAAGAUACUGUUGA